UCAUGACGAAGCUACCGCUUGUAGUAUUCUUGUCUUUGAUCGUUCUUUCCGCUUCAGAAACCGCACCAUGUGAUCUACCUGAAGAUUUCAUUCAAGAAAUCCACAGCUAUCAGCCAAUUGUCGACCAUAUCGUACAGGAAAUUGUUAACGGUCGUUUUUCCGGCCAGACUUGGGAAGCGCUGGCAGAGCUGACCGAUCGAUUUGGGCCUCGGAUGAGUGGAACACAACAGCUUGAAGAUGCUAUCGAUUACGUUUUGGGAGAGAUGCACAGCGACGGUCUGGAUAAUGUUCACGGGGAGCCAGCUUUGGUUCCCCGUUGGGUUCGGGGGUAUGAACGAGCUCAGUUGUUAAAACCUUUCGAGAAGAAUUUGCCACUCCUGGGGCUAGGAUCAUCAGUUGGAACUACUCAGAGUGGAAUCCUGGCUGAGUUGGUUGUGGUGGAAAGUUUUACCGAACUAGAACAACUAGAUGAGACGGAAGUGCAGGGAAGAAUUGUGGUGUUCGCUCCCAAAUGGGACGGUUACGCUUCGGCUGGCCGUUAUAGAUCUGCAGGUGCCUCUGCCGCUUCUAGGAAAGGAGCUGUGGCUACGUUGAUCCGGUCAGCAACUCCCUUCUCUAUUGGAUCCCCUCAUACCGGAUCCCAAGUGUAUGAAAAAGAUGUUUUCCCGAUUCCAACUGCCUGUAUUACGGUUGAAGAUGCUGAAAUGCUCUUGAGAAUUCAUCGGAAAAAUGUCACGAUGAAGGUUCACCUUGUGAUGGAAGAUUAUAAUUCAGAGCCGAGCAUGUCCCGAAACACCGUUGGUGAAUUGCAGGGAUGGAUGCAGCGCAAUAACUCGGUUGUCGUCGUUACCGGACACCUGGACAGUUGGGACGUUGGAGUGGGAUCUAUGGACGAUGGUGGCGGAAUUAUGAUAGCGUGGAAAGCAUUGACAUUUUUGAAGGCGAUGGAUUUGCAACCGAAGCGGACUAUUCGCGCUCUUUUAUAUACGGCAGAGGAACAAGGCUUGGAGGGUGAACAGCAAUAUUUCGAAAGUCAUUCCAUUGAAGAGUUUAACAUAUUUUUGGAAUCCGAUACGGGCACUUUCGAUCCAAGGGGAUUCGACUUUGUGGGCAAUCAGGAGGCAAGCUGCAUUUUUCAACAAGUGGCAAAACUGAUGACUCCUCUAAAUGCUACUUACGUUAAUGCUAUGGGGUCAAUCGAAAUGGGCCUACGAUUUUUGGACAAUGGCGUUCCAGGAGCUUUUCUGAACAAUGCCAAUGAAAAAUAUUUUUGGUACCACCAUUCGGAAGGUGACAGUAUGCUGGUGGAAGAUCCAAAGAGCCUCGACAAGUGCACCGCUCUAUGGGCAGCAACUGCCUACGUGCUUGCCGAUUUAAGUGUGGAUCUCCCCAAAUCCUAAUCCAGUUGGGAGGCUUUCUCUACAUUAGAAGCACUUUAUACUAAGUGUCAAUAAAAACAAAUUUUAUUUUCGUUUUCCCUUAACCAACUUCAAACCACGCUUAGCC